AUGCUCGAAUUUGCCGUCGUAGAGCUCGAAAUCGAGGGUUUCUACGAAACUUCGAGCUACUCGACGUACCUGCGGCCGCCGGAUGGAGUCCGCAAGGUGUGGGCGGGGCACAACAUCAGCCGCUUCGACAACGCGCGCAUCCGAGAGGCCUUCAGCGCCCUCGCCCGCGCGCCGCCCGUGCCCGCUGGCGUGGUGGACACGUACGACCUGCUGAGGCGGGAGUUCGGCACCAGAGCUGGCAACAUGAAGAUGGCAUCGCUGGGAGCCUACUGUGGCCUGGGCAUGCAAGUGCACAGGUGGGUCCUGGCUUUGCUGAGUCAGGCGUUAGAGUCCUUGAAGAUUGACUCAGCUGCCACGUGUCAAAAUCUGGCUGCUGGUGCCAGCCAUGCCAACUCGAAGGCGGGAGAUGCUGAGGGGGAACUUGAGGAUGGGGAGGUGGUGGGGGAGGAAGAGGAGGAAGAGGAAGGAGAGGAGGAAUGGGAGGAUUGUGAUAAUGAGCAAGCAAGGUCCUACGGGAAAGAGAAGCACUCGGAGAGCAUUCCUUUGGGCACGGGGGAGAGCAGAGAGGGCGGCGAGGCACAGGGGGAGGCCGGGAGGAAGGAGCAGGUGGGGGAAAGCCAGGCAUGUGAGGGCGAGUGCAUGGUGUGCCCGGGAUGGUGGCAGCAGCGUCACGAGCAGCACGUCAAGGAUGGGGCUUCCUGGCCCAUCGCGUGUGCUCACUUCGACCCCUUCUGGCUGCAGGCUGUGGUCGCGCCGCCUGCUGCUGGUGCUGGCAAUGGGGGGAACGACAGCAGCAGAGGCAGCGGGUGGGGAGGGGGCAGGCGGUACAGCUUGAGGGGAGGGAGUGCUCGGGUGUACCCGAAUGGCUUCACGCCACAGGCACCAUCUGGUGCUGCUGAUAUUGCUCCUGCUGGUGGUGGUUUUGCGGUGGAGAGUGCACCGGCACGUGUGCUGCUGCUGUACAACGGGCGGUCGCUGCACGUGAGGGAGUGCGGUGCAAGGAUCAAGAUGAGUGUGUCGGACCGCUUUGCCUUUGACGAGUCGACGGGCCGCCCGUCCUUCUCGCUGCUGCUCGCCAUCUCGCCCGCCUCUGCUGCCGCCAUCGCUGCUUGCUUCGACGCUCUGCUGGCGUGCGUGGGGAGUGGCGAGGGCGCUGCUGCACGAGGGGAAGAAGGACGUGUGGAGGGCGCAGGCGAGGAGGAGAGGGAUGGUGGGUGCAGGGAGGAGGUGCGAUCGCCCUUUGUGGCAUCGUGGGAGGAGGACGGCAUGAGAGUGAUCCGCGUCAAGUGA